UUUAUGAUUUCUGUGACUAUGACCAUAGUACUUCCUUAAUUUUUCAUGUUCAGGGAAGAGAAUUCUUUCUUUAAUGACAUCUUGUUAAAUUUAUUGGAAUGGGUGGUUGCAUAUGUUCAACUACAUAGGAUUCAAUAUCUUGUUAGCUGCACAGAUAUUCGCAUCUAAAUUUCUUUUCUGGAUCUUUAAAAGAUAACACAUUAAGACAUUGUUUAUUUCAGUGCUUGUAUAAAGCUCCAGUGCCCUGCUAGAUUUCACAAAAUAACCAACAAAUGGCUAUGGGCUUGUUUGGAAAACAAACUUUUCUUUGUGUUUCAGGAAAGAUAAAGACACGUUUGUUCUUUGGUAAAAUUCUUCUUGUAUAACUACUAACACAAAGAUGCAGCAGGGCACAAAAGUGAGCUGAAAGGGUAAUUUGACAAAAAAUCUGGAGUAUUUUUUUGAAAGAACAGACUGAACUAUGAGCGUUGUCUCACCAAACACUGACCUCAAUUGUUGCACUUUGCCUACCUAUACUUAGCCUACAAGUCAGUAUUUAUUUCUUGCUGCAAACUAUUUUUGUGGUAUUGCCAUCAGUGUCCAUUAAAGUCAGCUUCUUCUCAUGUCACUUCUUUAUAUAUCAAUAUUCCACAGCCAGUGUUAUCUAUUCCUAAGCCUGGGCGCAUUGGAAUAUCCAAGCUAAUAUUGGAUUGGAUGGAAUGGCAAAGGGCAAUGGAUGGAAGAGGGGAAAUUAGGAAGUAGUUUCUAGUUCUUUUCAUUCCUAGGCACAGAACAGCUGAAUUACAUAUUUUCAACCUUUUUUUGACUGGUUAUAACUGCUGAAACACACAACCACCAACAUGUUCAUUUGUAGAAGAAACCAGAUCAGUUUGUGUUUGUCACAGGGGCAGAUAUUCAGGUUGAAAUGGCUGAGGAAUGGUGCAGUGCUGGCUGCACGGGGCCUACGGGCCUGCAGGAAGAAAAGGAACUCUCAUUAUUAUAGUUCACGUAGACCUGAUUUUACAAAGCAUUGCUUCUGCUUGUGCUGGGCUUAUGCUGUGUUUUUAAGGCUGCCAACGUGAGCUGGCAUCUGGGAACUGUACUUUGAGGAGACGGAGAUGUUUGCUCCGUUACUAAACAUGCUGACUAAUACGUCUGUGCGGGUCAAAUCCUUACAGGGCAAACAGCGAGAAAGCUCCAUGAUAUACGCGUGAAAUAUUUCUUUUUUACGACUUGGAUUUGAUGACUGUACAAUGCGGCUGCUUAUGGCGGCUGCUCGCCUCACUCAACCCGGGUUGCACGGAUGGACGCCCGCCUCACAGCCGGGGACGGAGGGCGGAGGCGGGCCGAUAGGGGGGCGGGGCAUGCCGGGCGGGAGGCCGGAGCGGCGGGGCGGCCGAAUCUUUCAAGACCUGCAGCAAAAAGGAAAGCUCUACAAGAAGAGACACCUUCAGAGCAAAAAUGAGCUUUGAGAGAGCCUACAAUACCUUUAACAUCAGCAAUAGCACAGAUCUUGCUAUUGGAUUUAUUUCUUCCGCAGUAGCUGUUUUUCUAUUUGGGACAAAUUUUGUGCCAGUUAAAAAAUAUGAUACUGGUGAUGGAAUGUUCUUCCAGUGGAUUCUCUGUGCUUCCAUAUGGAUAGUUUCUUUGGUGGUCAAUUUAAUCCAGAAUUGCCCCCAGUUUUGGCCUUUGGCUAUGGUAGGAGGCUUCCUGUGGGCUACAGGCAACAUCACAGUAGUCCCUAUUAUUAAAACCAUAGGCUUAGCUCUUGGUCUUCUGAUAUGGGCUUCUUUCAAUUUGCUGACAGGCUGGGCAAGUUCCAGGUUCGGAUGGUUUGGAAUUGACCCAGAAGAGGUAGCAAGACCAGUCUUAAAUUAUAUUGGAGCCGGACUUUCACUGUUAAGUGCUGUCAUAUUUUUUUUUAUAAAAACUGAAGUCCAAACUUCUUCAGCUUCAUUAGAAAGCACGCCAUUACUGAGAGAAUAUUCUGUUAAUGCUUCUGAAGACACCUCUGAUGUCUCAUGGGUGACCAAUCUUUCUCCAGUAAAAAAAAGAUUUGUAGGAUGUAGCCUAGCUGUCAUAGCUGGAAUACUCUACGGUUCCAGUUUUGUACCAGUACUUUACAUCAAGGACCAUGGAAGAAGAAAUGAAACUAUAUAUGCAAGAGCGAGUCAAUUUGAUUUAGAUUAUGUUUUUGCACACUUCAGUGGAAUAUUUCUUACAAGUACUGUCUACUUUUUGAUCUACUGUGCAGUCAGGAAAAAUAAACCUAAUGUUUAUCCCCAAGCCAUACUACCAGGGUUUGUUUCUGGUUUGCUUUGGGCAAUAGCCAAUUGCUGCUGGUUCAUCGCCAAUCACUAUCUCAGUGCUGUAGUCAGCUUUCCAAUAAUUACUGCAGGUCCUGGCCUUAUUGCUGCAAUGUGGGGAGUCCUUGUAUUUAAAGAAAUCAAGGGCCUGAAAAACUACGUAUUACUCUUAGUAGCAUUUUGCAUCAUUUUGGCUGGGUCACUCUCCACAGCUUUUUCUAAAGUUUGAAGAUCAUCUUACCAGUAGAUGGUGCUACUGUCUUGUAUAAUUAAAAGCACAGCUGUAUGUAUCAACGAUUAUUUGCAAAAUGCAAAAUGCACGUCCAACAUUUAUCAUAACAUUUUUCAGGGAAGUUUAAAAAAAAAAAAAAAAAGAAAGAAAGAAAACCUUCAUCAUGAAAGAAAAUCUGGAAAUGUUUAUUUCUACACUUCAAGGAUAUCAAAGGAUCUUAUUAAAUAAAGCCAGAUGAUUUUACAGUU